AUGACAAAAAAGAAGUCGAAUGGAUUCAUGUUCUUCGCGGAUUCACGUCGUGCCUUCUAUGAGGCCGAAGCUGGUUGCAACUUCGGCUCGAAAAGGCUCGUCGAGCGAGCUGCUGAUGACUGGAAGCAGAUGAGUCACACUGAACAAGAACACUGGAAGACAGAAAGCAAGCGCAGGGCCGAGGAACAGGUAGUACAAGAUGGAUGGGGUUUAAGAUGGGGUUUAUCGUUUUUGUGA